AUGCCGUCGCCCAUCCCUCGACCCAAGGGGUUGCCCGUGCUGGGUAAUCUCUUCGAUCUGGACUCCAACAAUCCCUGGGGCUCGUUUAACAAGCUGGCGACCAAUUAUCGUCCUAUCUUCAAGGUUACCAUUCUAGGACAUGACAUCGUCUUCGUCACCGGAGCAGCGCUUCUCGAGGAGAUCUGUGACGAACAACGCUUCCGAAAAUGCGUGACCGGCCCGAUUGUUCAGAUUCGCGAUGCGGUCCACGACAGUAUGUUUACAGCAUAUCACGAGGAGGACAGUUGGGGCAUUGCACAUCGCAUUAUGGCCCCGUACGUCUCGCCGGAAGCCGUUGCCGAUGUCUUCAAAGGCAUGCAAGAGACCUCCAAGGAUUUGAUCAAGAAGUGGACGGCCGGGCCCCGACAGCGCGUUAACGUCACCAACGACCUUGACCGAUUAAACCAUGCAGCCAACAUGCUUUGCUUCUUCGAUCAACGAAUUCACUGCAUGGAGGGACCGGAGCUGUCCGUGCUCAAAGCCAUGGAAAGCGCCACCACAGAAUCGAUGCGACGGGCGACCCGGCCCAAAUUCCUAUCCUGGCUCUUCCACCGGCGUAAAUGGGAGUCUGAUAUUAAGACCAUGCGUGACUACUGCGCCAACGUCGUCACCACGCGUAAUUCCCAGCCAACCGAUAAAAAAGAUAUGCUCUAUGCCUUGCUUCAUGGCAAGGAUCCCCAAACAGGCACAUCCCUAACGGAGAGUCAGGUACUGGAUGAGAUCAUCAACAUCUUCAUCGGUAGUGCCACUGCACCGAACCUGGUCGCCUUCACAAUGUACUAUUUGAUGAAAAACCCAGACGAGAUCACCAAAGCGCGCGAGGAAAUCGACAACGUCGUCGGCGGGCCCUCGAGCGAGAUCGAACAUGAGCACCUCGCCCGCCUACCUUACUGUGAAGCCAUCCUACGCGAAGCGUUCCGUCUAUCUGGCGUUGCUCCCGGCUUCAACAUUGAACCGCUCCCGACGACGGAAGGUCCAGUGCUUCUAGCAGGUGGAGAGUACGAAGUCCCCAAGGACCAACCCUUGAUUGCGAUCCUGGCCGCCGUGAACCGUGAUCCGGCUGUGUUCGAGGACCCUGAGGCGUUCCAGCCCAAGCGCAUGUUCGGUGAGAAAUACGACCAAUUGCCAUCCGGCGUAAAGAAGGGCUUCGGAAACGGCAAGCGCCGAUGUUUCGGAACGCAGUAUGCCUGGGAGUGGUCGUUCAGCACCCUAGUCAGCAUUCUGAAGGAUGUGGACUUCGAACUGGCAGAUUCAAAAUACGCUAUGAACAACAGCGGGCUAAAUUACAACGGGGCGUAUAGUGUGAAGCCUCUGGAUUUCUUUGCCGUGACGGGGCCGCGGUCGAGGGCUGGAUAA